AAAAUAGAGCUUUUGUCAAAAAGACUGCCCGCACCUCAGACGACUCUUAGGCAGCGCCUCCUGGUUUUGUGCGCCGGCGCGCACGUUGUAGCCCCGCCUUUCCGUUGGGACGUAAGUGUGCGCGGGAGAGGGGACGUGCCGCGCAUGCGCUCUCCUCGCGUCACCUACUUGCUCCGAGUUGGUGGCUGGGACCCCGAAAGGGUCGUUGUUCUCUGAGGUAUCUCCCAGGCUGGUUUGGUGCGCCGCGCCCGGAGACUGAGAAACGAAGGGCAAGAGUAAGUGUUACACUCGGCGGUAUGAGUCAGAGCUAGAAUAUUUCCCUUUCCUCCAGGCAAGGGUCCAUACUUGUCGGGCCCGCCCCUUCCCGGCCUCAACUGCCUUUUCCCUUUUCUGCACCUUUCCUUACGGGCACUCCCUCGUAUUUUUUGUUCUCCUGUUGAGCCCCUUGUAAAGCCAUGAAGCUUGUGAGGAAGGACAUUGAGAAGGAUAAUGCGGGGCAGGUGACUCUGGUCCCCGAAGAGCCUGAGGACAUGUGGCACACUUACAAUCUAGUGCAGGUAGGCGACAGCUUGCGCGCCUCCACUAUCCGCAAGGUCCAGACCGAGUCCUCCACGGGCAGCGUGGGAAGCAAUCGGGUCCGCACUACCCUCACUCUUUGCGUGGAGGCCAUCGACUUUGACUCUCAAGCCUGCCAACUGAGGGUUAAGGGAACCAACAUCCAAGAGAACGAGUAUGUCAAGAUGGGGGCUUACCACACUAUAGAGCUGGAGCCCAACCGCCAGUUCACCCUGGCAAAGAAACAGUGGGACAGUGUGGUUCUGGAGCGCAUCGAGCAAGCCUGUGACCCAGCCUGGAGUGCUGAUGUGGCAGCUGUAGUCAUGCAGGAAGGCCUCGCCCAUAUCUGCUUAGUCACUCCCAGCAUGACCCUCACCCGGGCCAAGGUGGAGGUGAACAUCCCUAGGAAACGGAGAGGCAACUGCUCCCAGCAUGACCGAGCUUUAGAGCGGUUCUAUGAGCAAGUGGUCCAAGCUAUCCAGCGUCACAUAAACUUUGAUGUUGUAAAGUGUGUCCUGGUGGCCAGCCCAGGAUUUGUGCGGGAGCAAUUCUGUGACUACAUGUUUCAGCAAGCAGUGAAGACAGACAACAAAGUUCUCCUGGAAAAUCGGUCGAAAUUCCUUCAGGUACAUGCCUCUUCUGGACACAAGUACUCCCUGAAAGAGGCCCUUUGUGACCCUACUGUAACUAGCCGUCUUUCAGACACUAAAGCUGCUGGGGAAGUAAAAGCCUUAGAUGACUUCUAUAAAAUAAAAAUCCUUAUAUGUAAAGUCUUUUUAAUGCUUUUGGCUUUACGUCAUUGUGGGCUGGUUAAUGGAUGCUCUCAGAGAUUCUUUUGUCUUUUAUAA